AUGCUGCAGCCGGGGAACGACUCCUCCGGCUGGGCUGAAAUCCUGGGGUCCAACCGGUCUCAGGUGUCGGGCAGCGCGGCGGAGAGCGGCGGCGGGUCCGGGCCGGAGGCGGUGAUCGUGCCGGUGGUUUUCGGGCUGAUCUUCGUGGUUGGGGUGGUGGGGAACUCUCUGGUGAUGCUGGUGAUCGGGAAGGUGAGGUACACCGGCGGAGGUGGAGCAGGAGGGGUGAAGCACUCGAGCAGCCCGACCAACAUCUUCAUCCUGAACCUGAGCGUGGCGGACCUCAGCUUCCUCCUCUUCUGCGUCCCCUUCCAGGCCACCAUCUACUCCCUGCCGGAGUGGGUGUUCGGAGCCUUCAUCUGUAAGUUCGGACACUACUUCUUCACCGUCAGCAUGCUGGUGAGCAUCUUCACGCUCGUGGCCAUGUCCGUGGAUCGCUACAUCGCCGUGGUGCUCUCCAACAAGUCCUCGUGCGUCCGGAACCGCAGGAACGCGCUGGUUGGCGUGUGCGUAAUUUGGACACUCUCUGUGGUGUGCUCGAUUCCUGUGGCGCAGCACCAGGUCCUCACCAACCACCCCCAAGCCCCGAACAGUACCUUCUGCUGGGAGCGGUGGUCCGGAGCCUCCAAACCCACGUACAAGGUGACCAUCCUGGUGAUCGGAUACCUGCUGCCGCUGCUGCUCAUCAGCUGCUGCUACGCAAAGGUCAGUUUAAAAAAACAAUAACUGCUUCAUUAACGGGAUAAUGUUUGACUCUCAGCUGCUGUAAAAACAGAUUAAUAACAGAGCAGAAGGAGCAAAGUGCGCACACAGAUACCUGGAGAUCAUAAAAGCUGUGCGUAAAAGUCAAGCGCACGGAGACACACACUGGAAGUACCGGCCACGACUUUCAAAAUAAAACACAGGUUCACAGAUCUAAAAAUCGGUUUUAGUCAUUCUGUUAUUUAUGGGUUUUAAGAGCCAUUAUUUGGACUAAAUGUGUAACAUUUCCAAUAUGAUUUAGAGAGAUUACAGCUGAGGUGAAAUAAGAUUCAAGCGGUUUGUAAUGAACCUAAAGCUUUUAUUUCAAUAAAAGUAGAGAAAAGAUAAUUUGUUAAAUAAUGAAAUUGAAAAGUUUUAUUGUUUUAUGAUUUAAAUUUAUGCUCAUUUUUCAAUUUGAUGUUUUGUAAAUCAGCAGGGACAGAGCUUUUUCAGUAUGGGAUGAUUUUCCCUCCCUCACCGUCCAUUUUUAAAGCCCAUCUGAAAACCCACUCUUACUCCUUGGCUUUUGACCCAGCAUGAGAUGGCAUUUGUUUUAUUGCUUUUUAUUAUAUUUUAAAACUACGAUUUAUUGUUGUUUUAUGUUUUUGUCUUACAGCAGUUUGUGUCAGCUUUGGUUGUUUUUUAAAGUCCCUCUACAGUAUAAAUAAAGUUGAGUUAAGUUGAGACAACUGAACGCUGAGAAGUCAUGUUAACACUCAGAGGACCAUCUCCUCAACAAUAACAUGAAUUGGCAACAGGUUACAGAGUUGUAGAAAAGACAUUCAGAGAAAAGACGGGGAGAGAUUUACGUCUCUGUGAGGGAGACGUGAGCAAGAAGUUCAACAAUCCCAGAAUUAUGUUCCUCAUGAAGAUCAGAGGGUUUCAAACACAGAAACCAGAAAAGACACGACUCUGUAGUGGAAGUCACUGCAUGGGCUCAGAUUAAAACACACGUGUCAUAAUUAUCCUGCAGAGUUGGAGUUGAAGAGGUUUAACUGGUUUUAAUGGGAAGUGGGGCACUGGUCCCCUCUGUCACUGUUAUUGCCAUUUCUUGUUCGUUUAUUUCGGUCAAACUCUGUUCGUCUGCGACUGUGAGAUAACUCUGUAUUUUUGAUGUUUGGUUUGUUUUCAGGUUUUGUUUCAUCUCCAUAAAAAGAUGAAGAACAUUUCCAAGAAAUCUGAACGCUCCAAAAGAAAGGUAACCUCCCCUCACUCAUCUGUAACUCCACACUUCCACACCGCUGAUAUUUCUUGAAUCAUUUGGGACCAGGUAGAGUUUUUAAAUAAUGUGAGGUUUUUAAAGAAGGUGAGCUGGAGGUGCUGAGAGUUCACUCGGUGUGAAUAGUUUGGGAAACUAUCUCUGCGGUCUUUGAAUUUCCACCUUGAGAAAAGUUCCCUGUUUGUCCUCAUGGAGGUUUGGGUGGACUUCAGGUGGACCCUCGAGGAAGUUCUGGCAAACUGCAAAAAUCUCUGACAGGUUUGACAGGAGUGAAGAAUAGACGUCCCCACCUGGAAAAAAAACGUCCUGCAGUGGAAAAAACAUUUAGAAACCGCUCAGCUAAGCCUGAUCUACCCGUCUUCUUCACAUGAGAGUGAAGUGUCUGAUUUCUUUGGCAGAGGUUCCUGAGGUUUUCCAUUCAGCAGGUGCUUCAAUUUUAGGAGAGACAAAAAAUAACCUCUAAUUUAUGAAAUCUGCGUCAAAUGAAUCAAACUUAAAAGUGCUUUAAGCUUUGAAAAACUUUGAUAAACACGAUAAAAACUAAACUAAAAAAGGAUAAUAUCAAUUUUUCUAAAAGUCACCUGUACAACAACUGAAAGGGACCGUAUUUAAACCCUCUACUUUAGAGGCUUUUGAUCAAUGUUGGUGAUAAAACUCAAAAUUGAAUAAGAGAUUUUAUUUUUUCACUACCAUCACAUUUACUCCGCCCCCUUGGAUUUUCAGACGUACAGAAACAACCACCUCCUCGUUCCUCCUCCUGCUCCUCUCCCUGCUCUCCUCUCUCCUUUGGCACAGUUGUCGUCCAAACCUCGUUAUCAUAUUUCAUAUUAUUAUAUUUACUCGCCCAUCUCUCCUGAAGACUUUAGAUGUCGUUGAGCUGCUCUAACGGAAACGAGAUUUCACUGGAGGUCUGACAGAGUUCUUGUGAGCGGUCCCUGAGGAUGUCCAGAUUGAAGGCUCCAAUGAUCCUCUGACAGUCCCUGAAUUAAUCUCGUUUCAUGUCCUGCAGACUCCUGUCCUGGUCUGAGGUCAGCUGAUGAUGAGGAGGAAGAUAAUGAUGAAAAUGAUGAUGAAAGCAGAGAGUCGCUGGGACUGUCAGAGGGGUUUUAUCAUCCAGCUGCUAUUUCUCAAUAAUUAGAGUGAUUGGGUUAUCGAUCAUCAUGCAGCGCUCGCUCAGCUCUCUCUCUCUCUCUCUGUGUCUGUGAGUGUGACAGGAAGUCCAUCAGCUCUGCUUUCUUUAUCUUCUUCUUCUGUUGAUCAAAUCCAGCAGCUCAAACACACAGCUGCCUCUCUGAGCUGACAGUUUGGUGUACUCAGAUGAACAUAAAAGACCCAUUUUCACAGACAAAGACAUAAAAAAGUCCCUAAUCUUACAUCAGUUUUCCUUAUGCAAUAAUCGGGUUUGUGUAUCCCUCUGAAAUUUGGAAUUUUGGAAGAAAGGCAAAAACGUCUUCGAGAACCUCAAACAAUCUGCCUUUUCAACGAAGAAUUGGAUAACCAUGACCAGGAUGAAUGAGAACCUACCAUAGACUGUAUAUAGACUGUAUGGUUACUAUAUAACCAGUUUUCCCCUCAGCUCCUCCUCUCCCCUUCACAAGCCCCGCCCACAAACAGACGCUCCUGCUCGCUCGUAUCGUUCCGAUUAAAUUCAGAUAUAAUGCAGAUAAACACUUCAGAUCAUUACAAAUGGGGCCCAGUCAAGGUGAAAGUCAAAAGCAUUGGUGCUACUGUAGAUGCCAACAGACUACCAGCAAACACAAUGUUUGCAGGACUUCUACAACGAGGAUAAAGUGACAUAGUCCAGGACCCGAGGGAGGACAGUUUAGCGAUGGCGCUACAACACGCUACAGCAGGUCCGUUUGACAAGAAACACUUCUGUUACAGACACUUGUCUUACUUUGUUAAAGCGGUUUACCUGUCCAGCAGAAAGGUUACAGGGUCACCAAGAUCCCCAAGCGUCCCCCAUCGUUUAUGUUGACCCGGCUUUUUAGCUCUUGUCCGGUCUACCUCCGUUUUAAGCGCCCGUUAUUCCUCCAGAGUCUCCGGUAUUUACUUUGUUUUCUUGCUUGUGUCGGCAGUCGUGGCCAAAGGAGGAUUCAGACAAUUUUCCGAACUUUCUGGUUGGUUUCUACUGUCCGAUAUUGUAGCACGCUAACUUUGUUUGGGCUCCUGAACGACACGGGGGAGCAGCGUCUGCCUCACAACCAAUCAGGUUAGAGGAGGUGGAGAACGGCUUUGUUUACAGUCAGAAAGAGCGGACCGCUCAAAAAUGACAGACAUAAGAGAACACAGAGAUAUCGUUAUAUUACCAAAUAUCAUCAAUAACUAAUAACUAUUGACUGAUAUUUAAAGAGUUUUUGUUCAUACACCACAAAUAUAAAAGCUGCUUCUUUAACCGAUUCCUUCCUAGCCCACCUUUAAUUGUGUGAAGGUGCUUUUAUUUUAUCCCAUCCAACUCUGCCGGCAUAUUCUGUUUAGUGUUGGUUGCGAAAUCCAUUCAAAAUGUCUGAUCAAUAACUAACUGAUAAAUUUUGUACAGAGGGAACAGAGAACGUGUGUGAAGUCUGAGAUUGCUGAACGCUGUGACUCCUUUAAUGGGUUCUACAUGUAGUUUCACUGUUCUACCACUAGGGUUUGUGAGUAAGCAUGCUCAGAGUUGUGCUUACAUUUACUCACGUUCUUAAGUACAAGUACAGGUUGAUAAAUUCCAGACUUUGCUUGGAAAUGUUCGUACGCACGGUUGAUAAAUGAGGCCGCAGGUGUUGCCACAAACAGACGGUCUCACUCGCCCAGCUCCCCUUGUGGUUCCUGUCUAAGCCUGCAGGUGAAACCAGGAGGAUCCGGCUCAGUCAGAGAGCCGGUGUUAGCAGGGCCACCCUUGUUGACGGUGGACAGUGUGCAGACGUCCUGUUACGGCAGGUCAAAUCAGUUAGCAGCAGACAGUUUACACCAGAUAUCUGCGGCUCGGCGGGUCAGUGGAGCAGGAACAAAGGCUGCUGGGUAAAUAUUUAGACAGCAAGACUAAGAAUAGAGGAGAUUCCCUCAGAGUCUGACUUUGAGAAACAAGGAGGCGAGUCCAAUCAGCAGAAACACUCGAGUCUCUGUGGAAACAAUCGGACGUUUUCAUUUUUACAACGCUGCUGUGUUGUUUCAGUAUUUACAGUCUCUUCACUGAUGCUAAAUCAUGCUGAAGGUGUUUAAUGAUAAUGUUAAGACGUAUCAAUUCUUUUUUUAGCCCUGAACGAAAAUAAAACAUAAAAAAAUGAAGACGAUGAGCCAAAAAGUGCGACAUCCAGCCCACACAUCGGAAAUAAAUGAGAGCUUCAGUAUCUGAGUAAAGAGACGAACCAGAACUCAUCAUUUAAGGCCGUUAGCACCGACUCACUGUCCUAUAGAGUGUUUAUUAUUAACCUUACAUUUAUUUGAAAGCCAGCAGCUGUUCACAGACGGAGUAUUUCACAGCUGGGAGGCCAGAUGUUACCCCCUCAUGUGUUUAAAAUACGUAAAUAAUGAAAUAUUUACAUGAAGUUGUUUCUGCUGAAACACGAAAAAGUGACAUGAUGGAGAUGGAUCAUGAGAGCUAGAGCAGGUGUGGUCUGACGCUAAUGUGAAAAUAUGAUUGUUAUAACAACACAAUUCAACAGAGACAGACUUUAACGCUGUCCUAGACUGACUUCGCUUUGAGAGGUGUGAGUACGGAGUGUAAUGGAGGAGGGAGUUUAUGUUAAAGACACUAACAGACACACGAGCACACACCUGCGUCUUCCUGCUCCUCUUCACGCUGAAAUGAUGCAGGAAAAUACAUUUCACGGAAAGUUCUUGGGACGGUUGCGUGCCGCUCUUCACUUUGCAGGAAAUCUUUAUUUUUCAUCGGUUGCAAAAAUCUCGAGGGGUUGUCAGUGAACUCGUCCCCCCGUCAGCUCUGUGUUUUUUCAGCUCUGAAGUGCACAGACCCUCGUCCACCUCCUGUCGUCCUCUUUCUGUUUGGUUUCUGAAGCUCUCACUUCAUCCAUCAGUCCACCGUUCACCCGCAGUUAAACUUUUCUGCAUAUUCAAUCUAUUUAUCUCACAGAUGGAGCUUCAGUUUUGAGUUGACUGUCGUGGUUUUUGCGGAGUGUCUGUGGAGUGUUAUGACACUAUUUUGGAGGACAGCAUCUGGGUCCUGUUUAUGAUCAGACAGGAGGAAACUCUGCAUGAGGUUUUGGUCCUGAUAGAUGACAGGAGAGGAUGAGGCAAAGAUUGAGAGGCGAAGAGUGUGGGGAGUAUUUGGAGGGUAUCUUUGGACCACCAGGGUCCUGCAUGAAGCAUCUUUAGUGGAUUUAAUAAGUAUUUCUAAGUAUGUUUUAAAUAUGAUGUACAGGAGAAGUAGAGCGGCACGAUUUUGGCCAAAAAUAAAAUUCCGAUUUUUUUCUCUGAAAACUCGAUUUUGACUUUUUAUUCAGUGUCAACUGGAAGUUUACGGACUGAUGUUCACUGGUGUUCAUUCCAGGUAAAGAGUCUGGGUUUCAUCCUCGACAGUACACUCUCCUUUCAUUCCCACAUCAACAUCAUUACUCGCACCGCUUACUUCCACCUCCGCAACAUCAACAGACUCCGCCCCUCCUUCACUCCCCACUCCACCGCCGUCCUUGUUCACAGCCUUGUCACCUCCCGCCUGGACUAUUGCAACUCCCUCCUUUUCGGCCUCCCCCAGAAAUCUCCCCAUAAACUGCAACUGGUCCAAAACUCAUCUGCCCGCAUCAUUACAAAGACCCCCACACACCACCACAUCACCCCCGUCCUCCAGCACCUCCACUGGCUCCCCAUCAAAGACCGGAUCAUCUAGAAACUCCUCCUGUUCGCAUACAUGGCCAUCCAUAACCUUGCCCCCCACUACCUGUCCGACCUCCUGCACGUCAUCACCCCCACUCGCUCCCUCCGGUCCUCCUCCUCCAUCCACCUCUCUGUCCCCCCUGCCCGCCUCAGUACAAUGGGGGGCAGAGCCUUCAGUCGCUCUGCCCCCCAGCUCUGGAACUCACUACCACCCGAUCUCAGAAACACUGACUCCUUUCUCUCUUUCAAAACACUACUCAAAACCCACCUGUUUCGCUCCGCAUACUCCCUGUAGCUGUUUCCCUGUGUCGAUUUUUAUCUGUUUAAAUUGCUUAUUGUUUUAUUUAUUGUUUUAUCACGAAUGUCUUGCUUUUAAUAUUGUACAGUGACCCUGGGUGCUUUGAAGGGCGCUUUCAAAUAAAAUUUAUUAUUAUUAUUAUUAUUAUCUUUUGUCUCUUCUCAGACGGCUCAGACAGUUCUCCUGGUCGUCACCGCCUUCACCAUUUGCUGGAUGCCCCAUCACAUCAUCGCCAUGUGGGUGGAGUUUGGCGACUUCCCCCUGAACGACGCAUCCUUCGCCUUUCGCAUCGUCUCCCACUGCCUGUCUUACGGGAACUCCUGCGUAAACCCCGUCCUCUACGCCUUCCUGUCCGAGAACUUCCGCAAGGCCUGCCGUCAAGUUUUCACCUGCCGCUUCCUGUACUCCCCGCCCCCCAACAGCAAGGUGGUUCGCUUUCGGACGGAGAAUUUCUCGACGACACACUCCAACACACACUCCACCUCCAACAUUUGAAGAAUGGAGGCGCAUUAUUGGAUAAAUAACAAGAGCGGAGACAGUUUUCUAUCAGAGACAAGACGAAGAAGGAAGAGUGAGCAAAGCUGGGCAAAUGUUCAUUAAUUAUCCAAAAUUAACUGUAUUUUUUCAAAAACAAUUAUCAAAACGUUUGAAGCCACCUUUAAAGCAGAGUUUAGAAAUGGUCAUGAAACAGACUAAAAUUAGGCGGUAGUGGUAGCUCAGGAGGUAGAGCGGUCGACCGAUAACCGGAAGGUUGGCGGUUCGAUUCCCCC